GCUGCAGGAAGGUUUUCGUCUUAGUCCGGUCUGCAGCUACAGACUGACUGAAGCCAGCAGCGGCUCUCUGGCUUUGUUAGCUAGCUGGUAAAGCACCAAGAAAGGACAUAGCCGCAUCCAUGAAAUAGCACACUUUUUUUGGAAAAUGAUCAUCUGUGCGAGUAAAAUGGAGUACCCCCUGAGAACCCAGUGCCAGCGAGUCCAGAAACAGGUGAUGGUGAAUGGUGAGAAGGAGCGAGUGUCACUGCUGGUCAGCAGGGGGAGUGUAGAUGCCGUGUCCCAGCAGAUGGCGUCUCACCCUCAGUACCUGGAGAGCUUCCUGCGCACACAGCAUUACAUCCUGCACAUGGAUGGCCCCCUGCCGCUGCCAUACCGCCAUUACAUCGCCAUCAUGGCUGCAGCACGUCAUCACUGCAACUACCUGGUGUACCUGCACUCGACGCAUUUUCUGAGGGUGGGCGGGGAUCCCAAGUGGUUGCAGGGUUUGGAGGCGGCACCCCUUCGCCUUCGGCUCCUUGACAACAUUAACAAAGUGCUGGCCCACCAACCCUGGCUCACCGCCUGCUCGCAUAUCCAGACGCUGCUGAAGGCGGGCGAGCAGUGCUGGUCACUGGCUGAGCUGGUGCAGGCCGUGGUGAUCCUGGCCCACUGCCACUCCCUCUGCAGCUUUGUGUUUGGAUGCGACACAGACGCAGACUUUGUCCCUCUCUCCUCCAAAUCUCCCAACGGUACUCCGCCGACCUUCUGCCCCUUUGAUGCUGCCAACGGCAACACCAACGUGCCUCAGUCCCUCGCCACUCCCUCCGAACACAUAACACGACGACGGUCUCUGGACUCAAGUGGUGAUGUGACGUGUCUGAAGGAGAGGAUCCAGAAGUCCCAGGAAGAGCGUGAAAAGCAAACACUCCAGCAGACAGACACGGAAGAGGAGGAGGAGAUGAUAUGCCUCGCAGAUCCUUCGCGUUUUAUCACAGACCCUGACUUUUGCUAUCAGGAGUUUGCACGCAAGGAGGAGGACCACUUCCAAGUGUUCAGAGUUCAGGACUAUUCCUGGGAAGAUCACGGCUUCUCCUUAGUCAACAGAUUGUAUUCUGACAUCGGGCACCUCCUGGAUGACCGGUUCAGGAGCGUAGCCACCCUCUCCUCAUUGCACAGUGACGACCUGAAGAGGGCGAUCUGGAAUUACAUCCACUGUGUAUUAGGAAUACGCUACGAUGAUUACGAUUACGGUGAAGUGAACCAGUUGCUGGAGCGAGAUUUGAAGCUGUACGUCAAGGCUGUGGCCUGUUUUCCGGACUCCACCAAAACUCCAGUGUGUCCGCUGAGAUGGACUCCACUUAAGACUUCAGAACGGAUACACAUAAACUUACUAAUCAUGGAGGCCCGGCUGCAGGCGGAGCUGCUGUACGCGCUGAGAGCCAUCACUCAGUACAUGAUCGCCUAAGAGGAUGUAGAGGCACGUCAUUAAAACUCUUCGCCGGUACAGAGAGACCCGGAAACAAGAGGAUGAAGACAUCUGAAGAGUAGCCGGUGACGUUGGAUGAGAGCGGCACUUUUAAGGACACAGAGCUGCACCGUUUGCAGCUGUGCCUCUUUGAAUGUGCUUAUCUCCUCAGAUCCAGUAUAUUUAAACCAUAGCGUGCCACACCCCUCCUGCAACUCAUCUUAUUGUGAAGUCCUCUUAUCAGACAUCUUGGCUCUCGAAGGUUAUGUGCAAUUAUUGCUAGUUAUUUUAAUUUUUACCUGUCGUCUUGUGUUCCAGUCGGUCGCAGCAGCAGUGUGUUACCAGUGGCCAAUACUUUCCUCUUUAGUUUGAGAAGUCUCCUUUUGUAUUAACUAUGCUUUUCCAAAAACGUAUAUCUUUGUGUACACGUUGAAUGAAUGUUAAUGGGAGACCAGUUCUUUGGGGUUUUUUUUUUCUUUUUUUUGUGGACAAUCCUUGUCAGUGUUGGAGGAGGACUGUGAAGGACGACCGUUUUGCUCUCCCUGACAUUUCGUAUUAAUGCUGGUCAAGAACAAAAAUGAGAAUGACACUGCUGGAAGUUAUCACAUCACUAUAGUUUCUUUUAAUAAGCACUUUUUUAAACUUUAUAUAUUUAUAAUGCAAGGUAGCUAAUGAGUAGACAUACUGAGUUUGUGGGUCUCGUCUUUAUGACGUGUUUAAAAAAAAAAAAAA